AUGACGCACUUGGAAUGUGUGUCUUCGAUUCCGGAGAAGCUGAUGAAGCUGAUAGUCAUUCUGGACCCAGACGACCCCACUCGAGAGACACCGCCUGACGAACCAACUAGUGUUCAGCCAGGAUCCGAGUCUGCGCCUCUACCAACCCCGGUUAGAAUCAUGACGGCCGUGAUCCGGAGUCAUGCUCGCGGAGACCCCAGUCAGACCGAUCCGAUGGGACCAUUGGAGUAUCAAGCGGAAAGGUGGAGACGAAUCAAGGCGCACCAAGAUGAGGAUCACCGUCUGCUAAAUCUCAAAAAAUUCUUGCGAGGUGAAGUGGAUAGUUUCUCUCGCGCGCAGAUACGUCGCCUUUCGAAGGAAGCUGACCUGUUCGUGUUAGACAGUCGAGACGUGUUGUUUUGUCUGAUUCACUCCGCUCAGGGGAGACCCAGAGAUCAGACGGAUAUAUUACGAUUGGCAGUUCCGGAGACACUACGCCAAGACAUAUUGUACUACGCUCAUGAGGAUUUCCAAGGAGGUCAUCAGGGCAUAACACGUACGCAUGAGAAACUCCGGACAGACUUCUACUGGUAUGGAAUGUACGCGGAUGUGGAAACGUUCGUCAAAGAGUGCGUAGAUUGUGCUAGCGGAAAGGGACACCCCCUGACCAGGGGCCCUCCACCGGGAACAUUGAGCCGACUCGCCCAUUUGAGAUUGUCUCGAUGGAUUUUGUCACUCAUUUGCCGGAGAUAUGUUCUCCGGUUAUGUCAUGUGCAAGCCGAUGAGCUCGGCCACUGCACAAGAGUGGCUGAGGCGUAUGAAGAACGCGUCUUCCAGAGGUUUGGGGCGAGUUCCAUGAUCCGCCACGACCAGGAUUCAAGCUUUAUGGGCGAAGUGUUCAGGUGCUUCAGUGAAUUGCUGGGGAGCAAACAACGAGCCACCCUCGGCUACAGACCCCAAGCAAAUGGCCAACAAGAACGGUCAGUCCAGACGGUGAUUCGAAGUGUGCGUGCAUAUGUGACUGAGGCAGAUCAGUCCGACUGGGACGAUCACGCCGAACGCCUGAUGUUCGCGUUGAAUACCUCUUUUGACGCAACCCGUCUGGACGCACCGUUUUACCUGGUAUUGGUACACGGUUGGGACGCCCAAGCGACAGUGUUAGCAAUACUAGGACCGAAGCCAUCUGGUGUUGGCGAGCGAACAGCGUAUGAGUGGCGGAGGAAACUGCAGCGCGAUUACAGCUAUGUGCAAGCCUGUGCAGAAAACCUGCAGCGGAAAGCCAAGCGGGAUCGUGCGAUCACACAAACCCGGAAGUGGAGAGCCCUGUCGGAUCGGAUCAAGGCGGGAUUUUUGGUGGGAGACGCGGUAUGGCUAUACAUCCCGAAAGUCCAGCCAGGGUUGAGCCGCAAGCUCGCUCACCUUUGGCAUGGACCUUUCCGGAUCGCUGAGGUGACGGACGAUUUUCGUCCUCGAGCGUUGUUUCCCAAACGACCGACAGUCCGGACGGAAAUCCAUGAUGAAGAUUUGGCCGCAGCUCUGCUGCCAGAGGACGGUUGGGAAGUGGAUAACACCAACAACGAGUAUGAAGUCGAAGAGAUUCUGGACCUACGCUGGUCCAAGUGGACCCGCACUUCCAAGCGUAUCCGCGAAUAUCUCGUCAAGUGGAGAGGCUAA